UUCUAUUUGAAGCUAAUCUGUCAACGUAUCCAUGGUUACAAACAACACAGCUGAUGGGCCCGUACGUGAGACAGAACUGCGUUUGAUGAAGUAAAAUCGUCAUGGCGUUACCAUUUCUACCUGGAAAUUGUCACAGUAAACAGCUGCUGAAGGACAAAUUCCACAAAUCCCAACAUUUUGACUACUCCAGCGACCUUCCGCUCCUCACAGGGAUGGAGAAGCCAGGCAUCGGAGGCGAGCUGUUGCUGGGGCAGAAACUCAAAUCCAAACAUUCUGUUUAUCCCAGAGGAGCAACCGGUGGCUUGCCGUCAUGGGUCGCUUUUGACAAACAGGCGCUGUGUUUUGAGGCGUACUUCCAGGAAGAGGUGCCAGAAGCUCCCAAUGAGACCUACAGGAUCCGCAAGUGUAAGAUCUACUUCUACCUCGAGGAUGAUACCAUGCAAGUAGUGGAGCCAGAGUACAAAAACAGUGGAAUCCCUCAAGGAACUCUUAUUCGUCGCCAACGUAUCCCGCUGCCUCCGCCCAGGGAGGACCAGUGUUACAACGUGUUUCACUUUAACCUCAACCAGAAGAUGGUGCUGUUCUCUCACGCGUUCACCAUCACGAACUGUGACCAGUUCACAAGGAAUUUCCUCACCAAAUGUGGUGUCAUUCUAAAUGACCCUGUCUCUGUGCCUGACGACCCAUACCGCAGCCUGAGGGACAAGAUUGAGAAAAGCAUGAGUCCCCUCCGGCCUUACGAGAGGCGAGACACUCUGAAACAGUUCCUGGACCACGACCGUGAAGUCCUCCGUUUCUUCUGCUUCUGGGAUGACACCAAGACCAUGUUCGGAGAGCUGCGAGAGCUUGUGCUGCACUACUUCCUGGCUGAUGACACGAUAGCGAUCAAUGAGGUCAUCCCCCCAAAUUCUGGGAGAGUCACAGUGUCGAAAUUCCUCAGUCGGAGCAAACUACCUAAGCAUGUUUCAAACCAAUUGGCUCUUCCUGGAGAGAUGACAAACCGCACCGUGCUCAACGUGCUGGCCUCCACCAGACAAGGAGAUCGCUACAUGCUGGAUAGUCUCAAAGUAGGACUCCAAGGAAUAACAGGAGCCAUCCAGGAGGAGUUCUAUAAGGACUUUGAUCUGACGGUAGGCAGCGAGCUGAACGUGUGGGGCAGGAAAGUGAUUAUCGCAGACUGUGACGACUUUACCAAAGACUACUACCGCUCCAAAUAUGGCAUAGAGGACUUUACCCCAGUGCAGUACAAAGCUGAUGUUGCCCCCAAACCGCCAAGGCCUGUACCUCCUUAUAACGGCUUUGGCUCAGAGGAGGACUCACUAAGCUCUUGCCAGCGCCUGCUGCCCAAACCCCCACAGAAAGAUCUCCACAAAUUCAUGGCGUAUGACAGACGUGGACUUGAGAGCAAUGUGCUGAAGUUCUACGCCAAGAUGGUGACCACCAGUCAAGUGGACAGCGACAGGGAGUUCAUCAUUUCCUUCUACCUGAGCGACGACUCCAUCAGCGUGUUUGAGCGCUCUCAGAAGAACUCAGGUGUACUCGGUGGCAUGUUCCUGGCGAGGGGUCGUGUAAAGAAACCUGGACAGGAGUUGUUUAAGAGCGAGCUCUCAGAGUACUUCACAGCCCGUGAUCUGUACGUGGGAGCUACUCUCUGCCUCAACAACAGGCUGUUCCAACUCCUGGAUGCUGAUGAGUACACCUUCAACUACUUGGAGCAACACGCUGGGCAGUUCCCCAAGGCAGAUAUUGGCAUCAUCCUGGGUAAAGUACGGUCAAUUCAAGAGGAGAAGCAGCGGGAGAUCCGUAACUUUUUGUCUCUCAGUGACCCUGCCAACACCGGCUUUGUUACCUUUGAGUCCUUCAGGGGCCUACUGGUGGGUAUGGAGUGCGGCCUGAGCGAGCAUGAGGUUCUGGUGCUUUGCCGAGCUUUCGUCGAGCGCAAGCAGUCUGAUGUGGAUGUGGGCCUGAUGUUGGCUGUUGCCCAGGACUUUCUCAAGAAGAAGAAUUUUGACCAGCUGCCCGACAUGUCCCGAGUGUUUGAAUACAACGACCCAAACAAAACGGGCCGCAUCUCCGUCAAAGAGGCGACGACCAUCUGCAAGACCUUCCAGCUCCCCGUGUCUGACAACCUGCUUACAUGUCUGCUCCACAAGUUUGCAGACGGGGACCAGAUUGACUACAACGCCUUUCUGGCUGGCAUCAACUGGCUGGAGCAUCCCGCUCCCCCAGUGAUGCCUGAUGACACCUUGAAGUUUGACGUCAAUGUGCGGCAUGAUGCCAGCGGAGUGAAAAACAUCCACUACUCCUCCCUGCUGCAGGCCGCGUUCCACAGCGCCUCCAACACGGCUGACCCAAAGAGCACCGCAUUAGCAUAGAUGAGUGCAACAUGCGACACAAGCACCCAGACACUAGCACGCUCCACUUCAGUGCAAUCUGUGCACUUUUGGGGCUCUGACAGCACACAGCGAGGCUUUAAAACAGAAUCACAUUUCAGGUCAAGGCGAGUCGGGCUCGCACACAUAAUGACUACAGCUAUCACGCUGCAGAUUCCAGAAUUGCACGCAAUUUAUACGAGAGAAAAUUGGCUAAAGCGGAAAAAACAGAUGAUCAUGGCUGUUAGCUACCAGCUGUGGAAACAACAGGUACAGAUGAGCUCUCACGUUCAAUCCAAAAGCCAGAGUGAGACAUUUUUUUUUCUAUUAUCAGGGCUGAAUCUCAUAAAAGAGAGAGUUGUGAAAGCAUUUCAUGAAUUAGUUGUCAUUUAUCUGGGUUUCUUGUUGUGGAGAGUGGAUAUGCAAUCAGUAAUUAUUAGGCUAUGCAUUUCAUUUUUGUAGUACAUUAUGAUUUACUUAAAACAGGGGUGUCCAAAAUACUACCAGGGGGCCAUAGAUGACCCAUGAUUUGUUUUUUUAUUGGCCCACGGCUCAUUUUGGAAAUAAAAUUUAAAGAAAAAAAAAUGUGAAAAUGGGAUAAUUACAGCAAAAAGAUGAAAAAGCGGACAUGUUGAUACUAGUCACUAAUAAUAACACAA